AUGAGCAGCCGAUAUGUGGAAAGACUAACCCGUGUGGAAGAGGUGCUUCUACUGAAGAAAUUGAAGAUUGACAUGAAGGAGCUGAAGCACGCGUGUAGUUAUGGUAUCCCCGACCAAUUGCGACCACUCGGCUGGCGGCUCUUGUUAAACUACCUGCCAACAGAACGAGCUGUUUGGAAGCGAUUUUUGGAAACUCAACGAGAGAACUACGAUGCGCUCGUCAGCCAAUUUAUUGAAGGGAAUGAUGGAGAAAAUGAAGGUGAUCAUCCAUUGAAUGAAUCGAAUUCGUCCGAGUGGAAGGGUUUCUUCGAUGACAACGUGACGCUGGCGCAAAUUGACAAAGACGUCCGCCGAUUAUGCCCGGAGAUACAGUUCUUUCAACAAAUUACCGCUUUUCCGCACAAGUUGAAAAACAAUGUGCGGUGCAAAUCUCCGAAUGAUGUUUGCGCAGCUGCCGAGGUGGUGGAGGGGGAAAGACAGUGGCAGGUCCUCGAACGAAUCCUCUUCAUCUACAGCAAAUUGAACCCCGGCGUAAAAUACGUACAGGGCAUGAAUGAGCUCAUCGGCCCUUUGUACUUCGUGUUUGCCUCUGAUCCGGAUGUGGAAUGGGCCGAGUUUGCGGAGGCUGACACCUUCUACUGUUUCCAGCAGAUGAUGGCCGAAAUCAAGGACAAUUUCAUCAAGACGCUGGACGACUCGCAAUGUGGAAUCGAGUCGACUAUGCGCAACUUUCACGAUUUGUUGAAAUCGUUCGACCCACUCCUGCACAAUCACCUGGUCGUCAAGCUGCAGAUUCAGCCUCAAUUCUACGCAUUUCGUUGGCUUUCACUGAUGCUCAGCCAAGAAUUUGCUCUUCCCGACGUCAUCACUCUUUGGGAUUCUUUAUUUGCUGACCCAUGCCGGUUCUCGCUGCUCUCCUAUGUCGGGCUGGCAAUGAUAGAAUCACAGCGCGAUUUCUUGAUAAAUGCUACCUUUGCGGAUGCUCUACGGUUACUACAGAAUUUUCCCGAGGGAAUUGACGUCGGUACAUUGGUAUGCCUUGCUCACGAUAUUCGAGAAGGACGCGUUGCAAGCAUCAAGCCUCCUGAGGAGAAAAAGAAUAUUGUCGCCCGUGCUGGAAACUUGAAAGACAAACUUCGAGAAUUCGCCGGAAACUUGAAGCGA